AGUAAUAUUAACACACUUCAGAAGAGACUUGUGUAUUUCGUCGCAGUGUACUGCAGACAUGAAGCGUGUGAGAGUGGUCGUGGUUGGAGCAGGUGUGGUCGGUUUAUCCACUGCGGUCUGUAUCGCAGAGACUCUUCCGUACUGCUCGGUGACCAUUAUAGCUGAGAAGUUCUCACCUGACACCACCAGUGAUGGAGCUGCUGGAAUCCUCUUUGCCUCGGAGUUCCAUGAUAUCCCUCGAGAGUGGCAACAGCGCUGGUUCAAGGAGACGUUUGAUCAUCUACUGGCUAUUGCAGAUUCCUCACAAGCAUCAGAUGCUGGAGUAUUCCUCAGCUCAGGGUACCAAAUUUUCAAGGACGUGCCCUGGGACAAAAAACCGUUCUGGUCAGAUUUCGUUCUGGGAUUCAGGAACAUGACAGAUCGUGAACUGAAGCGUUUUCCUGAGCAUAAAUUUGGUCAAGCUUUCACCACAAUAAAGUGUGAAUGUUCGAGUUACUUGCCUUGGCUGGGGAAAAGGUUUAUAGAAGCCGGUGGUCAAAUCCAUCAUGAAAAGGUGACCGACCUUCAGAAACUGGCCCAGAUGUAUGAUGUCAUCAUUAACUGCUCAGGCCUAGGGUCACGCUUCUUGGUUAAAGAUGAGGAGGUUUAUCCAAUACGAGGUCAAGUCUUGAAGGUUAAUGCUUCCUGGCUGAAGAACUUCAUACGAGAUGGAGAUGGCAUGACCUACAUCUACCCUGGUAUCAGCCAUGUCACCAUCGGAGGCACACGGCAGGUGGAUGACUGGCGGUUGGAGGUGGAUACAGCGGACACUGAGGGGAUCAUGGAACGCUGUAGCCAGCUGGAACCAUCGCUGAUCAAGGCUCAGGUGAUUGGAGCGUGGGUGGGGCUACGGCCGGGCCGGGCAAACCUGCGAUUGGAGCUGGAAUAUCUGAACGUACAGGGCCGUCACGUGCCUCUGGUGCAUAACUAUGGCCAUGGCGGAUGGGGUGUUACCCUAAGCUGGGGCACUGCACUGGACGCGCUCGGACUGGUGAGGCAAAGUCUGUUUGAAAAACCACCAUCUGCCAAACUUUGACUCUGCUCUGUACCAUAGUACUUACACACUGAUGCUACAAUUUUACAAUAACACAUGCUGCUUAUUUUGGACCAGUGUAUUUGUGUAAGUGUGUUGAAAAAUGGCACUUUGAACUUAGUAAGAGAGACAGACAUGACUUAUUGUUUUGCAUCUAAUAUAUGUUUCGGUCUCCUUGAUUACUAAUGUAUUAUUAUUGGAAGUAUAUUUGUUUUUGUUCAAUGAAUUGAAACCUAGAGAAGACUAGAGAAGGGAUAGUUCACCCAAAAAAAAUUAAAAUUCUGUCAUCAUUUACUCAGAAUUUAAUUGUUAGCAUUACAGUAUUAAAAACUGCCUUACUGACAUAUUGAAAAAUUAGAUCAUUAAAUCUAUUAAAUAAAUACAUGACUUGUAUUAUACAUACUUUAUAUAAAUAAUAUUAGCAUAUGUACAUUUACCA